CGCACGGUUAUUAAAAAUUGAGCUAAUCUUAUAGCAAUACCUCUUGCUCCAACAUUAGGGUUUCUUCUUCCUCCCAGUCGCAACACAGAUUCCUCAGCUCCCUUCGAUUUUCCUGGUGCUUGCGACCCUUCUUCAGAUCGAGAACAUGGCGACCACUACAGCAAGGUCUUUUCUCCAAGUGGCGGCAACGGAGGAGGUUGCACCGCCUCUCAGAGUUGUUCAGAUGGAAGGAUUGGUUAUCCUGAAGAUAAUUAAGCAUUGUAAGGACCACUCACCUUCUUUAGUCACUGGACAACUUCUUGGGCUGGAUGUUGGCAGUGUUCUUGAAGUUACCAACUGCUUCCCCUUUCCAAUGAGGGAGGAGGAUGAGGAAAUUGAAGCUGAUGGUGCUAAUUACCAGCUUGAAAUGAUGAGGUGCCUGAGGGAGGUUAAUGUUGACAAUAAUACAGUUGGAUGGUAUCAGUCUACACUGCUUGGGUCCUUUCAGACCGUGGAGCUGAUUGAAACCUUUAUGAAUUACCAGGAGAAUAUUAGACGCUGUGUUUGCAUUGUAUAUGAUCCAUCAAGGUCUGAUCAAGGUGUCCUAGCCCUGAAGGCCUUGAAGCUUUCUGAUUCAUUCAUGGAACUGUAUCGCAGCAAUAAUUUUACUGGAGAAAAGUUGAGGGAAAAGAAUUUAUCAUGGGUGGAUAUCUUCGAGGAAAUACCUAUCAAAGUUUCAAAUUCUGCUCUCAUCAGUGCUUUUAUGACAGAGCUGGAACCUGAUACUCCAGUCACGCAGUGUGAUUAUGAUCGGCUGCAACUGUCAACCAGUUCACUAUUGGAGAGAAAUACAGAAUAUUUGAUCGAGUGCAUGGAUGACUUGUCACUAGAACAACAAAAGUUCCAAUUCCACUAUCGGAGUCUGUCUCGUCAGCAAGCUCAGCAGCAAGCAUGGCUUCAAAAGAGAAGGACAGAGAACAUGGCACGCAAAGCUGCUGGGGAGGAGCCUUUGCCUGAAGAAGAUCCUUCAAACCCCAUCUUCAAGCCACUCCCCGAGCCAUCACGGUUGGAGAGUUUCCUCAUUACAAACCAAAUUUCUAACUACUGCAACCAAAUUAACGGGGUCUCGGGACAAAGCUUUAACAGACUUUAUUUGAUGAAGGCUUUGCAUGAGGAUUGAGCAUGCAAUUUUUGUUAGUCGCUCUGAUGUAUGCUUUGAGCCAAUUUACUUUUGAUUUAGGGUUGAAGUUUUAUGAGUAAAUUGGUACGAUAUUUACUGAUUCGAUGUUUAGGUGCUGUAAUUUUUGGAGAAAAAACAAAUUCUUUAUAAACCCUUCAAAUUGUAAGGACUAAGGAGUGUGAUCUGUUCUUUAUGCAGUGCUACAUGUCACUCAAUUAUUUUUGGAUC